AUGGAGACCAGCGCAACUGAGAGCGGCUCGCAAAUUGCCGGAGGUGGAGCAAGUGAUCUCGAUGUCUGGUCCAGCUCAGAUGCUGACUCGUCUUAUGGUGACCUGGCGGAUGAGACGGCCUCGUUAACAUCCAGCAUUAUGGCCGGGCACUACGAGAACGGGAGACGGUACCACGCGUAUCAAGCUGGCGGAGAAUACAUUCUGCCCGACGAUGAGCAAGAGCAGGACCGUCUUGAUAUCAAGUACGCAUCAUUGCAGCUUGUCUUUAGUGACAAGGUCACGUUCGCGCCGAUCGAGCACCCACAGCAGAUCCUUGAUAUUGGUACCGGGACCGGAAUCUGGGCCAUCGAUGCCGGCGAGCAAUUCCCUGGUGCAACUGUUACCGCUACAGACUUGAGUCCUAUCCAGCCAACAUGGGUUCCACCAAACGUCAAGUUCGAGAUUGAUGAUGCUGAAGCGGACUGGACCUGGCCACUCGACCACUUCGAUCUCGUGCACAUGCGCACGAUGACCGGGUGCAUUCGCAACUGGGACAAGCUUUUCAGACAGGCCUACGCCCACACCAAGCCCGGCGGCUACAUCGAGCUGCAAGAGAUGGAUUACUUCGCCAUAAUUCAGCCAACCUCCCGCAACCCUGGCACGUCUUUGCACUCAUGGUGCAUCGAGCAAGGCAAGGCCGCGAUGCAGGUCGGCGUUAACCUGAGGACGAGUGUGGAGUUUAUGAAGGAGAGUCUGGAGAAGGUGGGAUUUGUGGAUGUCACAGUGCGAGAGUUCAAGCUUCCCAUCGGGCCGUGGCCGAAGCAGAAACGGCUCCGCGACGCGGGACUGUUGCAGCUGAGCGCCAUGCUGGAGGGCAUUGAAGGCUUGAGUCUGCGGCUGCUGAAGUUUUACGACGGGUGGACACUAGACGAGCUGAAGGUGUUAUUGGCAAAGGUCAGGACCGAACUAAAGGACCCAGGGUGUCAUGCCUACUGGCCGCUGUAA